AUGGCCAAUGUGUGAAGUAAAGAUUUUACGAAAUACAUUAAGAAUGAAAAAUGAGUGCAAUGGGCGUUGACAUUAUUAAAUAAACUUAAAAAUUCAGGAACUUUAAAAAUAAGUUUUAAACGUAUAAUUUAGAAUAUGCAAGAAUUUAUAUUUUUCAUAAACUUUGACAAGUGGGGAAUGAAUUAUAACGAAAACCACCUUUUGUUAUUUUAGUUGAUUUGAGGAACUAGCCAUUCAAUGAUUCAGAAAAAUAUUCGGUAAGACCCUCCAAAAAUCCUUCAGAUGAUCAUCAGAUUGCCGCAAAAAUAUUGGUAUUGAAACCAACUUUUCACCAUCAGUGGGCCCCCACCGAGAGGCGGAAAUACAGGGGUUGGGGGCUCGCUACCUUUAGUCCCACAUCGAGUAAUGGAUGAUCUAAAACGUCGAAUAAGUGUAUAAAAUAUGGGCCAGUGGUAUCGUAAGACUUACUUACCUGGACGGGGCCUUUGGGUGAUCAAGAAGGCCCAUAGCCUAGGUUGGCGGGCCGCAUUGCACUUAGCGGUGGCGCCACCCUAA